ACACAAGGGUUAAACAUGUUUUCUUUUGUUCAGAUGUGUAAAUAUCCGUAUAUAUGUUACUGGGUAAGAGUAAAUGAAGAUGGCACACAGAAAAAAUAUUAAAAUGUCAGGUCUGAAUUGAAAAAAAGCACUUCCAGGAUGAUUAUAUGUUUGGAAUGAGGCAGUUGAAAGGUUUAAAACUCUCACAAAUCAUAUUAAAAUGUGUAAAUCAAAUGUGAGCACAUUAUUCCUCCUGCAGGUACUUUACAUUGUGUUGUUGUUGUCUAUUCAGAAUUAAACGCUCAAACAAUCAUUUGCGUGAACACGCAUGAGGGAAAGGCUCGGGCAUAAAGUUGAUGAUUAAUGUUGUCAGCAUAAGAAGCUGUUCAUUGCUGCGGCUGCACUGACUGAACUUCAUGUGUUAGACUUUUCAAUAGAACGUUUUUCCUAAUUUUUCAAUUCUAAUAAUUUUGUCAUCUGUACUGCGAGACUGAGGAGAAUGUGAGAUUGAUUUUAAUUACUUCUUAUAACCCCUGAUUGUUUCUUCUAUGGACAGAUUUUCAUGUCAUGUUGUUGUUAUUCACACUAUUAACCUGCUUUACAGUUGUAUGGUUUUAUUUAUUGUGACAAGCUCAGUAAAGUCUUAUAAAAUGAAUUUCUUAAUGGUCCAUGUUUUAUAUAGAUCUGUGUUUUACUGUUUGGAGGGAACACUCUUGUCAGAGAUGAAGCCGAGCCUUAUGGAGCUGUCUGUGUUGGACUCAGUAGAGGUUAGAGAACCCCAGAAAACCCAAACAUACGUCCAGUGUGAUAAGCCCUCACGUCAUCUGCCUAAUGUUGUGGCUUUUCUCAUAAGAAAUGCUUUUGUUGUUUCCACAAUGGCUGCUGUCGCAUUAGGAAUUGGCACGGGCUUUGCUUUACGCCACAUUAAUAUGUCCGCCAAGGAUGUAACAUAUUUAACCUUUCCUGGAGAGCUCCUGAUGAGACUCCUGCAGAUGUUGGUGCUUCCUCUCAUUAUUUCUAGUGUAAUUGCAGGUCUUUCAUCUUUGGACAGGAUGGCUUUUGGGGAAAUUGGGCUAAAGGCCUUCAGCUAUUACAUGGUCACCACAUGUAUUUCUACAUUCACUGGCAUCACCUUAGCUGUUCUAAUUCAACCAGGGAAAUCCUCCAGGACUGCCUCAGUGUCCUCUAGUGGUAAUACAGAGGAUGUGCAGACUGUGGAUUCCUUUCUAGAUAUAAUCAGAAACAUGAAUCCCUCAAAUUUGGUGGAAGCUUGUUUCAGAAAGUACAAAACCGUUUAUUCCAGGAGUAUGCCGGCGACCAGUGACAACAAUGACACAGUACCAGGACCAGGAACCUCAGACGGACUCAAUAUUUUGGGUCUACUGUUUUUUUCUGUCGCCUUUGGCCUCAUCUUGAGCAGCAUGGGGAAUGAAGCAAAACCUCUGAGGGAUUUUUUUGAAUGCCUGAAUAAAGCCAUUAUGCAUCUGGUCAACAUGGUCAUCUGGUAUUCCCCAGUGGGGCUCUUCUUCCUACUGGCGGGACAGAUUGUGAAGAUGAAAGACUCCGGAGAGAUAGGUCUUGGAGUUGUCAUGUACACUCUCACUGUAAUAACUGGCCUCCUCAUCCACAGCCUCCUCACCCUUCCCCUCAUCUAUUUCAUUUUCACACGAAAGAAUCCCUUCAGAUUUAUGCUCGGUCUACUCCAGGCUCUCACCAUUGCCUUUGGGACUUCAUCAAGUUCUGCAGCCUUACCUAUUACCCUCUCCUGUAUGGAGGAAAAUCACAACAUGAACAAACAAGUGACACGCUUCAUGCUCCCUAUUGGGGCCACAAUGAACAUGGAUGGUGCAGCACUCUAUGAAGCUGUAGCUGCUUUAUUCAUUGCCCAGAUUCAUAAUAUGGACUUUAACCUGGGUCAAAUCAUUGCCCUCAGUUUGAUUGUCACAGUUGCAAGCACAGGUGCAGCGGGCAUCCCACAGGCCGGCAUGGUAUCCAUGAUCCUUGUGUUGGACUCCGUUGGAUUGCCCACUGAAGAUAUAUCACUGCUCAUGAUAGUUGAUUGGAUUCUGGAUCGUCUCCGGACUACCACCAAUGUGCUAGGUGACUGUGUCGGUGUGGGUGUAGUCCAGCAUCUGUCCAAAAAGGAGCUGCAGUGCUGCAGCCCUGCAGAUACAGAUUUUGAGGAGGACAGAUUCCAGAUGUGAGCCUUGUGAGGCGUUGCAGGACCUGUGUUGGCUAUUAAUGUGAUAUGCUUUUGUUGAAUGAUGACAAAAUACUUAUUUGUCUUGGUUCAACUGAUACGGUCACUUUUCACUACCCAGUAAACAGUAGAAGUUGAUAAUUGUUGAGUUUGAAUUAUCGAGUUAUCCCCAGACAAUUGUUUUUGCUCUUCACAAAAAACGAAAUGGUGAAAAAAAUCGGUCUUGCACAUGUUAUAGUUUUAAUCAAUUGCAAGUGUUCUGAAGUGUUAUGUUUAAAUAUGCAACUGAGGUAUUAACUAAUGCUAACUGUUGGUGCUAAAGGAGAAAUCUACAGACACAAAUAGACAACGCAGAAACAUUUGACAUUAUCUUUUAUUACAUUGUGAGAGAAGAAUUAGAAUGGGAGCUGAAGGGAUGAAGAUGAUUGGCUUUGAUAAAUGAGGAUGAAAUGACCUUCAACCCAGCGGGUGACAGAUUGUAUGGACACUCAAAUGUCAAAUAAACAUUGAAAUUCAGACUUAAUCAAUAAGUGACCAGGGCUUCAUCCCACCGAGGACACUGGACGUUGUCUUCAGAUUCUUUUUUUAAAUGUUUUACUUCAAAACAUGUUCUCUGGUCUCAACAUGAACUCUGGACUUUGUGGUGUUUCAGGAGGAAAACUGACUCAGUUAUUCUCUAAUUAGUUUAAUAAAUUAUACAUUAGCUUCGUAUGAAACCCUGAAAAUAAGACAAGAAAGUACUUUGUUCAUUCUUGAAUCAAGAAAUACUGUAUUCAUCAUGUGAACCUGUUAAAUGAGUUUGACCAGAAUCUCAGUUAUA